AUGGGUCUAAGGGAGUCAAAACUGUGCUUCCUCUCCUAUGAGGAAGCGACAAAACGAGGUAGGUAUUCAGCUGGUCACGAUUGAAAGACCUGUUCCGUCUGUCGAUCAGGUCAACAGAAUAAGUUUUCGGUGUUUAUUCCAGCUGAUUUUUCCCUUUGUUUGUUUGGGAAUUGUUUCAGUUACUGAUGAUGAAAUGCAACGCCUACGGCUGGCGUUCAAGCGGUGUUGUGGUGUGAGUGGAUUCAUGCCCCAGACGGUUUUUGCCCGAGAAGUAGUUGGUGAUGGUGUUCCGAGCAAAGUCGCUGAGGUAAGGAAAAGUAGUGCGUUGUAAGCUGUGUGAUUGCUUCGGUUCAUCUCUUUGCCUUGUGUAGUUGAUCCCAACAACAAUCUCGGUUGUCUUUCAGCUAAUUUACUCAGGAUUUGGUGGCACAAACAAGGGAAUAACAUUUCGGGAUUUGCUGUGUGGUCUUGUACUUUUAACUCGGGGAACUCGUGAAGAAAAGAUAAAAUGUAAGUUUGGUUUCCGAGACCUUCAGGGCUUGAAUUAAUCAUGAUUCACUUUGUCUUGUGAGAUAAUCCACUGACAAAUGUAAUCUUACUUUUUCAUUUUAUGAUUCUUGUUUUUUUCCUAGUUAUUUUCAAUAUUUAUUCUGACGGAGUAUUCGUGUACAAAGAUAGCAUGGAGAGUCUUAUUCUAGCUUGUGAUGGUGGUAAUAUUCCUCAAGCAGUGAUCGAUUGCUUCUACGAGGUAAUACCUUGUUUCUCUUGUUUUCAACAUUAACUGGCAAUCAUAAUCUCCUUAGCUGUCCUUUUGUUCUACGCAACUGUCUCUCAAAUACGUGACUUUAUAUUUCGUAUUAACUCCAUUGUAACCAUGUUUAUUCUUGGGUUAAUGCUUUUAGCGUAGAAUUGAUCUCCAGCUAAGUUUUACAUUUUGCGUUUGAGACUUAUAUUUUCAUUCAAAACCAGGAAUUUUCCCUCAGUAGCAUUAAGUUAUUUCGAAAAAGUGAAGUCAUCAAUUUAACGUUUUGUUGUGAGUUUUAAAACGCACUGAAGCAUAUAUACUUGGAAAUACUUAGCUGAAGCUUAUAUAAGACUUACAAUUUUCUAAUAGACUUGUUUUCUUGCACAUGUAACGCGCCAAUAGAAACUGUGGUUUCCUUGUAUGGUAUGCUUAGCCAUAAUUUCAAUACAAGCAUAGCAGUUACUCGCAUAUAUAGUUUUGCACAGAAAGAUUGUGUAGAAGAUCCUCAUGCUUUGAACUUUCUGGGGAAUUGAAAAUAAUAUUGGUUUGUUAUAAAGUUUAAAAAAUGUGAGGACAAAUUACAGUGUGUGACCGGGAAAAGGGAAGUUGAUUCUGUUGCACAUGAGCACUGUGGGUUCGAAGCCCUGUACUGUGCAUUUACAUAUGUUACUUUGGUUAGUUCCUACAGUUAUAACUCUUGUAAAUGUGCGAGUGAUGUUCAAAUCCCACUAAAAUCUUUGAAACACUUCCAAUGUUUCCCUGUCAAAGGCUGUCAUGAAGUGUGAUGUUCUUAUGUUUGAAUCAAGGAACAAACUUAUUAGUGAAUUGAAAUAUAUGAAAUGAAUCAUCAUUUGAACUGCGAAUAAAGAUAUGAACUCUAUAGCUUAUCCAUUCUACUGCAAAGAUCAUGUUCAUUUUCAUAAAUGUAUUAGUGUUACCCAUGGAAGCAUUCAAGAGGGUGCACGUUUAAUAGAGGUUGUAAAAAUUGUACAACGUUUAUUAACGAUCAACAUUCAACAGUUACUCUGUACUGUGAUAAAGUUGCAUGUUGUUAAAGAAGCUAUCCAAAGUUCAAGUUCAUCACCUUUCAGUACCAACUUUAAUUUGUUUGUAAAUCCAAAAACAUUAAUUGACUUCAGUACGUAUUUCAAGGACGUAAUCCAAUACUACUAUUUUCAAUCCAGUCCGGUGUCCACUAAGUAGAGGUUUUUGACAAUAGAAAUUAGCCAAAUGCAACUUAUUUUAGUGUCCGCAUCGGCUUAAUAGAGGUGUCCGCUGAAUAGGGGUUCGUUAUAAAGGGAAAUAAAACACAUUAAUUUCGAGACCCGGCUUAGUGUCCACUUAAUAGAGGCUGUCCGCUUAAUAGAGGUUUCACUGUAUUACUAUGGAUUUAUCAUAGGUUAAUGUCGAGGUUCCUUAGCUACAAUUAAAAUAUAGGGUUAAGUAAAAACACAGGAAGUAGACAUAUUGCGUAAAGGGGGGAGCACCGCUCUGCAAUUGGCGAGGCAGACGACUUCCACAGUUAAAAAGGUUGCAACUUAGUUUGAUUCUCAGUUUCCUUUGUCUCCUAGUAAAUAGUUAGUAAACAAAGGAAACCGAGAAUCAAUCUAGGUUGAAACCAUUUUAACCUGAGUUUCAUUUUGACCUAUACCUGACAUAUUACUGUCCGCAUUAUAUUUUUCAGUGUGAUCGACUGUCAUUUGAGGACUUUUCCAGUUGGUUGCUGAGAAACCCUGAUGUGACCACAGUAACAAGGUGGUUACUGAUUAUCAGUAAUGGCUGCAGCAUUCAGCUGACAGACAGUAGUGAAACACCAACCUUUUACCAAACACUUGCCAGUGUCACUCACUGUAAGUCCCUUUGAAAUUGGCUAUCUACCCCUGUAAAUCCUAAUAUCAAAAUUCAGAUUCUCAUUUGUUGUCCCUAUACGUUUCUUAAAUUGUAGUGGGGGGAAUUUGUAUAUUGUAUUAUAUUUGUAUAUUGUGUUGAUGGGUGUGGACAUCUUGUUGGAAGAGACUCCUGUGGUUUGAAUUCCGUAAGUGACCACAAAGUCAUGUGACCACCCAAACUGCAAAGAUUUUGUGGUCACUUACGAGAUUCAAACCACAAUUUAUGUAGGAGAAUAAUCAUUGAAUAGAAUACACAAAUUUACAAUAUGUAAUUUCAUGGUGUCUUGUAAAACAUGCCUCAAGUGGCCGCCUACAGGGGGAUAAAAACUAUAAAAGAAUUCUAAAACCAUCACCCCAAGAAGUGGUCGUGAUUGCUUACAAAAGGUAUUAUGUGUUCAUUCUUCGGCAAAAAUCCCGGGAGCAAAUGGGUUAAAAAAAUGUCCUUUUUGAAAUGAAUUGUGCUCAGGACAAGGUAAAGUUCUAAUGAUAGAAACUUGUAAUUUAAUCAUUGUGUUUUUUAUUUGGGUGCUGUAGUACAAGAAAUAGAUGUCAUGGAACUUGAAAAGAGGUACUGGACGUUGAAGUCUGGGACAAAAACUGGCAAAUUUGACCUGGAGACGUUCACUCCACUUGUGUCACCACCUAUACCAAAGUGUCUCUGUCCAGGUAUGUAAUGUACUGCUGUCUGUUAAAGUUGGUAAAUUUGAGUCUUACAUUGACCUUUGUAAUGUGCAACAGUGUUCAUGAGUAACUGCAGUCUUUACCAAAACAGUAUAGUUCUUUCAGCCUUGGUUCACCUUUGUUCAGCCUUGGUGUUCUGGGUAUUAAAUAAUGAGGCUGAAAAAAUCGGUCUUGUUUCCUGCUCUUUUUUCUCAAUAAAAGCCAAGGAAAACUUUAUGACAUUUUGUGUUAAAAAAACUAGAAUUCAAGGUCAGCCAUUGGACAUUAGGUGCUCUGAGAGUAAUGUCCUACACUGGGUGUUUUGGUGAUACAUAAAGUUUUUUUAACCUGUACAUUUAUUUAUUAUAUAGACACAAGUGUUUUACUAGAAAAUAUGCCACUCAUAAAAUUCAUAAAAACUACAUCCUGGGCCCGAGUGGUAUAUUUUCCAUAAUCUCACACGUGAGUUUAUCAAUGACAUAAUUUCGGGAGUUUCCCUCUAUUAUUUUAUCAAUGUCUUUUUGUGUAUGUAAUAAAAAGUUACAAAGUUAAUAAAAAUUACACGGCGGGUUGAAGGUAUGAAUUUUAUUUUCUUGUGGCAAAAACAAUAUUUUACGUUGUUUUGCCGCUCGAAAAUAAAAUUCACAUCUUCGUGGCACUGUGUAAUAUCCUCUAUGUAUUCAUCCUUUCGAUAUUCCUGUUCACUUCUUGCUAAGGUUUGAUCCUUUGAAACUACCAUUUUUAGUAGGUUUGUUUAUUUACUUGCCAUUAAUCUACAGGUCUCUUUAAAGCCUUUGAUGAAAACUGUGAUGGUCAUAUAGAUUUCCGUGAGUUAGCUUGUGGGAUCUCUAAGUGCUGCAGGGGAUCCAAUGCUGAAAGGCAAAAAUGUGAGUAAAGUUUCUUUCCAUAGCACUUUAUACUGUCUAACAUUAUACAAAAAUAUAUAAACAGACAGGCACCUCUGAACUAUCACAUGUAUCCUAAAGCCUUAGACGGACAUACACCACCACAAAAGGAUUGCCACUUUAUGACAGCUGUGAACGAUCAUUUAAGGACAAACACAAACCCACACACCGACAACUGGGCUAAGUGACUAUGGCGCACCAGGGUACUUAUAUUUGUGAGAAUGGUAUAAACCUCAGCACACUAAUGACUGAGCACAAAUAAGCAACAAGAAAUGGUGAUGUGAUCAAUCCCACCACUGAACACCACUUACUGAGAAACCAAUGCAUUAACUGCUCAACUCUGCUGAAUGCAUUGUGUAUUCUACAGAAUACUACCAAUGACUCACUGGUUGAUUAGCUUAUUAAAUGCUGCUGCUGGUUCUUCCUUACAAAGCACUUAAUAUCGACAAAUCAAGCAAAACUGACAUCAAUGGACUAACUCAAUUAAAAACCAACAAUUUGUUCACCUAUUGGGCUGUACGUGCACAACAUUAAGGAAUGUCUCCAGGAGAUGGCCGCUGGCUAAUAGGCCAUUUCUGAGAUGCCCCAAGCUUCUGAUCCAAAGUGAGGCUAAGCGGGAAACCAUUGAUAUGAAAAUGAUAUUUUUAUUUUCAUGCAAAAAACCCCUCAUUUUCACAAGAAAGGGUUUUCAGUUAGCCUUAUUUUGAAAGUGAGAGUUUUUGGAACUUGGAAAUAGCCUUUUUUUUACCAGCUAAAAUAAAGCGUACCACUAGCUGAAAUUACUCUGAGAAACAAAAACAAGGGGUAAUUUUGAAGGGGUAGUUGACUGAAAAAGCCAUCUUGACUAAUAAAACGUUUCUUCGGCUACAUCCCUGAUGUAUAAUAAGUACCCUAACCAACCAGCUUUCAGUUCAAUUAAUUUUUGUAUUGCUUAUCCUUAACCCUUUAUUUUUUCUGGGACAUCAAUAAGAUUCUACUCUUAUGAUUUUAGAACAAGGAUUAACUACUGUCAUGAUGCUGUUCUCACUAAUGAUAUAUUCUAGUAGAAAAAAUUAAAUGACAACUUUGGUUUCUUCAGUCUGUUUUAGGGUAUUUGAUACUGAUGGAGAUGGCUUUCUAUCCAGAAGUGAAAUUGAAGUAAUGUGUAAAGCACUAAUAGACAUCAGAAAGGAGAAUAAUGUUGGAGAAAAGGCAAGUUUUUUUGUGAUGUCUUGAACUGUUAAAAUGCUUUUAAAUAGCAUAUAACUCAGUGCUUUCAUAUUUAACAGAAAUAUCCUGAUGAUCUUACCCCAUAACAGUCAGGGUACACUCCUUUAAUAUGAUCUGGAUCAGGAUCAGUGAUCUGCGAUUACUCGGAUUAUUGUGGAUCAGAUGAACCGAUGAAUCCACUCUGGACAAGGAUUCAUCGGUUCAUUUGAUCCACCAUGAUUCAAGUGAUCUCGGGUCACUGAUCCUGAUCCAGAUCACCCUUAAAGAACGCACCCUCAGACAUUGAUCCUGGGUAUUUCUUUCGAACACGUGGAAUUUCAAUUCUCAAGGUUAACCUGAUAUAAUGUAUUUGAAAACUGGUUCUCAGGCCAGUGAUAAUCCACUUGCCAACAGGCAUAUCUACAAUCAUCGACAGAAGUCUCCAGGCAAACUUGCAUUUGUGGAUUUUUUAUGCUACAAAUGCCUUGCCUCCUCCCCCCCCCCCCCCCCCCCCCCCCCCCGCCAUAUGCAGUGUUAAACCAGUGUAUAAAUGACUAAAACAAUGACUACUUACUACAAUUUUUCUUGAGUUUCAACACUGUAUAAAAUGGGGAAGGGGAACUGCAAGGCAGUUGUAAAAAUAUAGCACUGCAUUAUGAAUGUAUCCUAAAGUUACAGGCAAUUAUGAAUAUUGUAUCAUCAUCCUAAUGAUUUUUGUCCAUGAUAGUAGUUAGCUAAGAUGUAAAUGUUGUCAGUAUGAUGCUUAUAAUAGUAAUUACUAUAUUAUUAAUGUGCCAUUCAUAUUGUUCAGGCUUACAAAAUAUCAUAGGAGGUUUAACCUGAGAAUAGAUUUUGCAUGGAACAUAGCACAUAUCCCUUUGCCUGCUUAAAUUUUUAUUUUUUAAAUGCUGAAGAGACAAUUGUAUUGUUGGAAACUAUGAAGUCUUAUUUGAAGUGUCACUCCAAGGAAUUUAGCACAUACUGCAUUUUAUAUCUUGGUAUUAUUGACAUGGUAUUGAACUGGUAAAUCAAAGGUGAACUUGCAUUGUUUUGCAGUGCACAUAUACAUGCAUGCACUCUCUAUCUGUCUGGUACAGGGCUGGCCAGACUAUUUCUGUCGUAAUGAGAAUUUCACUUUUAAUCAAAACUAUCCAGCUAGAUCAGUGAAAUUCUAAAAUAGUAUGCACGAAGGAGAAGGUUUUUCAGCAAAAACUCUAGGAAAAAGCUUAUUUCAUUUUAAAAUGACUGGUAUGGCAAUGGCCCGGCCAGCCAGUUCUGACAAAUAAAAAGCGCCCUUAGACUGGUCAUAAAUGGAUCUAAUAACCAGAACUUGUUGUUUCAGGAUUCAAGUGCCAUCUGGGAUAAAGAUGUUCCUUUAAUGGCAAAUGAAAUACUCAAUGACUGUAACCAAGAAGAGGUACAGCAGUGCACUGUUCUUAUAAUAUUAUUUUUGAAUUUACAAUUAUUAUGACUUUAUGGAAUGAACAUUUAUUAUACAAGGUAUAACUCAGACUGAUCCCUGGAUCUUUUUUUGGGUGGGCAAACAUGUAUUAUUAUUGUUUAUUAUAUAGACACGAGUGUUUUACCGGAAAAUAUACCACUCAUAAAAUUAAUAAAAACUACAUCCGGGACCAGAGUGGUAUAUUUUCCAUAAUAUCACAUGUGAGUUUAUUGAUGAUGUAAUUUCAGUAAUUUCCCUCUAUUAUUUUAUCAAUGUCUUUUUGUCUGUAUAAUAAAAAGAACAUUACAUGGCUGCUUGAAGAUAUGAAUUUUAUUUUCUUGUGGCAAAAACAAUAUUUUACUCACUAGCUGCGCUCGUUCGUAAAAUAUUGUUUUGCCACUUGAAAAUAAAAUUCAUAUCUUUGUGCCACUGUGUAAUAUCCUCUAUUUCUUUUGUAAUUAAAAAAAUAAAUGUAAAUCAGCGUGCAAAGAAAGACUGAUGUCCGAUAGCCAGGGGCUAGUGAAUCUUGUUUUUAACUUGUCCGAUGAGCAUGUGAAGUUUUUGUGGGGAAUUCAAGUAACAGAAGAACUGUAAUUGAUCCUGCUCAUCAAUUUUUUGGGGGGGCAAGCUUAAAUGACCCUUGGGCUGGUACAUGCUAACUACAGCUUGCCCAAAUGACAAGCUUUGAAACUUACUGUCUUUGGGGUGUCUUGAAAACAAAGACCCCUAAGACUCCCCCACCAAGUGAACUUUAUUGAUUAGGGUUAGGAAACAGAGUCAGGGCAGUCGUGGAGCCAUGAAAUUCAGGUAAAUCCCCAAAAUCCCUCGAAAUUCACAAAAACACUCAAAAUACCACAAAAUUUGGUAGAAAUCUUAUCAAAUACCUGUAGAGCAAUUAUUUUGAAACUUGUCUCAGCUACUGGAGGUGUUUACUUGCCAUAAACUCACAAAUUUAUGUCAAAACUUUGUCACUGAAACAUUCAAACAACAUUCCAAAACUACCAGGCAUAGAUUAUGUUGCGAAAAACUGGGCACUAGCAAUGAUGUUAAAGGUUUUGCCAUUGGUUCAUUUCUGGAGCGUAUUGUUGUUGAAAGAGCAAAUAAUGACCUCUGUUAGGAAAACCUUAAAAACGCUGGUCUGAUCAGCGCAAAACCGAUCAAUUUCUAGCAAAAUUUGCCCCGAAAAUAACCACAAACUCCGCCGUUUUUUUAGCGAUUGCUUCCUGGCCAAGUUUGCCCCAAAAUUCCUGCGAAAUCGGCCGAGUUUUCCGUGAUUUUGUCCCUAAAAAUCCCGCAAAAUUUGACUUUUUUUUCCACGACCUAUCAGAAGCCCUGCAGAGUGAAUCACGGUCCAUUUAAGUCAUUAUACUGGAAAAAAACUGAAAGUUGAUUAACUCAGUUUCCUAGCCCUAAUCAAUAAAGCUCAGAGUCAUUCAGUGGGGGUUCUUAGGGGUCAAGACACCCCUUUCUUUGCACCCUACUAAAUAAGAGAAGUAUUGAAAGAAACAGGUUUUCAGUGAAAUAGCUAAGGACCUAUAUAUGGAAAAGGAAACAUGCAACUUAACCCAUUCGCGCCUGAGGAUGUUGCUGAAAAACAUGUCUAGUCGACUGGUUUUCUGGUCACUGUUGUGCUGUAAAGAGCUAAAACUUACCACAAAACUUUUCACAGGUUGUACACUUCGCAGCCUUUUGAUCCAGAUGCAAACCAUUAGCUUACGACGUUCGGGCAUGCGCAGAAAGUAAAAUUUUGAUACAAGUUUUGGGUUGAAAAGUGACACAGCAGUCUUGACUUUUACUUUUCUCUUUCUCUCUUCCCCUCCUUUUUGGCUUUUCUUGCCUCAUUUUUUUUCUCUUGCUGGGCAUUUAGUAGGCUUCAUUUUGGUGGGAAAAGUUUUUAGAAAGGAAAGGUAGGUGGGUAGUGGAACAAGAUUUUCAUGGAAAUGUUCAGGUCAAUGUGACAUGGUUUUUUGCCUUUUUCUUGGGUGUCCUUGACUGAAUUGUGAUCAUUCUGGUAUGGUUUGACAGUUCUCUUCACUCUGCACAAGUUGGCUGACAAAGUUGCCCUUGAUCAUUGAAACUGAUGAUAUCACGAGCGGUAGAUAGGACGUGGAUCCGUAUGGGCAGUUACUGGCAGCUCAGGGGCGAAUGGGUUAAAGAAGUCUUAAUUUUCCUUUAUUAUAAAGGAAUCUCUUGUAUACUUUCUUGUAUUUUAAAAAUGAAUGUGAUUUCCCUUCAGAAUGGUCAAAUUAGUUUAGAGGAGUACAAAGAGUGGGCAUCAACUCACAGAUUUUCCCAUAUUUUCCCCAAGUUGUUGGUCCAGGUCAGUUAUCACAAUAAUAAAAAUAUUGUUGACUUUAAAGGCAAGCACACUUAGUGUGACAAUACUUUAUUCUAUUGUUUCCCUUUUUUGGAAAUAAAUGUUUGUCACUUCAGUAGUCGUUUAAAAGUUGAAGAGAUUUCCAUUUUUUCAACUCAUAAUGUUAGUGUUGGAACAAGUGAUCACUAAGAGUGUUUGAACACUAUGUUACUUUUAGUGUGAUUUAUUUUGUUAGGUUUGCCACAUUGUACUGGGAUUAAAGCCAGCUACAAGAGAGGUUGAACUUCAAGUAGUAAGGUAAAUGCCAGUAAUAUUAGAGAGAUUAAGCAUUGUGUUUACGGCAAACAUGAAUUUGUACCAUGUGACCAAGUUUCCCCUUAACUUGUCGUUUACUGUCCAUUAUAACUACUCAAAAAUCAGUAGAUUCACGCCAGGUCUAUGUAUAAGAGCUGUUUUAAACUGUCUUUAUUUGCUCAUUUCUCAUGUUGAAAAUUUCUCGACUCCAGUCCUACGUUUGUUGUUUGCCAUAAAGGUGAUGCUGAAUCUGUCUUUUGUCUCCUUGAUGUUGACAUUUCAGGUUUUGUAUUUUAGGGAGCUGUGUCACAAAGUUCGUGAAAAAUUCCAACCGUGGCAACCGCCACCAAACUGUGAAAAACUGCUCAACAUAUGAAAAAAAAGUAUAAACAACACAGCAAAUACAAAAGGAGGAACAAAUUGACAAACUUGAAGAAGAUUGAAACGAAUUGAAAUUGUGUUCUUGAAAACUUGUUAGCACAAGAGUUUUUCAAAAUUCAUUUUUGUUAUUCAUAACAUUAUAAAAUGCUUGGGAGACAUAUUCAUUCGACGCAAAGCUGUAAUUUUACCAUUCACAAGUUAUUUCUCAAUUUCUGUGGUAAGUAAAAAGAUGCCUGAUUGUUGUUAUCAAAAAAAUGAACUAUGAGAAAUGGACACAUCCCCUUUAAGGUGUUGUCUAUUCUUUGCAGAGGGUGGCUUGAGCGAGAGUAUCAGCAUGAGCUCAAAGCAGGGACAAUUUGGUAUCUGGUCGCAAUUUCUUGGUGGCGAAUCUGGAAAGAAUAUGUCAGUUAUCAGGUUGGUUCACUGACAAACUACAUUGUAUACAUUCUGUUGGUUGUUUUACUUAAAAGGGGGACUUCAUAAAUUUGUUGUGAUUUUUUGUUGAUUUAGCCUUACAUAAGAAGAAGCUCAACUGGUAACCUUCGCAAGAAUGGUACCCUUCCUUCAAGACUAAACCAAGUAACAAAUUUAACCCAUGGGCAUCCAGGGCAAGCAUGGAGCAAUGACUCCACUGGGAAGACAAGACCUCUAAUACGAAGAGAAUCCCAACCCUCAUUUAUCCAUGGCAACACAACAGUGAGUCCAUCUGGAAUGAUGAAUGGCCACUGUACACAGGGAACAACGUGUGCUACACAGGUGCCUGGACCAGUUGAUAAUGUUCCUCUUGUUGAACCUGAAACACGAAAGGUGAGGAGAUCUCGGUAGCUUGAAAUAGUCAUCUGACUAACAAACCUGAGGUGAACGGUGCACUCAUUUUACUGCCAUCUCUCUGUCAGUGCUCCCUUUUACGGGUAUUUAAGGCUAUUUCAAGCUACAUGGAAGGGAACGAAGUAGAAAGAAGGAUGUGAGGUCACUCUUGGGAAUGGAACUCAGGACCUUCUUCACAAAAGGCCGCACACUAACGAACUGUGCCAAUCCAUUCUCCUUAUAACAUGAACCUUGUGUCAUCCAGGUGCAGCAAGAUUCAUAAUUCACUGGAAAAUUAUUACAAAAUCAUUUACCCUAACCAGUGACAGGAGCCUUAAAAAACUCCCUUCUUCUGACGUAAGCCAGUUAUUUUCUGGCCAAUAAGUUUCCCAAGUACAGGUUUGCAGCUGCUCCUGUGUCUGCCAGAUGAGCCUCACAUCUGACAUAAUAAAAGUUAUCAGUGAUGAAAAGUUUAUAUUAUUAUGUUUCAACUGAAUAAGAUCAUUGUUUUGUAGUUGUCUAAGCUAUAGUAGACAACAGUGCUACUCUUUUUUCAGUACAUGCACAUUGGAAGGGCUGCAUGUUCAGAACACAUUUAGAGGGCUGAAUGAUUCUUGAUGUGACUUCAAAUAAUCUUUUGUUUCACAUAUAAGUACAAGGCAAUCUGAACAGACAAUCAGAGGGGCAUCAGUUCACAGAAGUCACCUGGGGCUUUUUUCCAAGCACCCCUUCAAUUUUGUAAAAUACAUUGUAUGUCGUAAAUAGAACCGCCACAACAGGACCAGCAGCAUAGAAGUGCAUUUACAGUUACCUUUCUUUCUAUUUUAUUUUUUGAAUUUCAAACAGGUGAUGAUCCUAACAGGUGAAGGAGGCAAAUUAAAACGUAACAUUCCAUUGGUCAGAGGCCGUGACUUUGAGAUCAUCCCUGAACCUGUAUGGAGAGCACUGCAACAGUGGUAUGGAGGAGGACCUGCUCUACCAAGAACGGUACUAAUUAAUUUAUGAUGUCAAGCAAAUGAACCCUUUUCCCACUGUCAUUCAAAAUUGUACUGUUCAAUGCUUUGUAUAGACCUUCCAGCAUUCAGCUUCAGUGAGUGCUCAAUGAAAUGAGUUCAAGGCUUGGGUACCCUUGUUCACAGAAAUGAAGUUACAGUCUAUUGAAAUAAAAGAUGUCUACUUUGAUUCAUUCUGCUGAAUUCAGUAGACCUGUAAGGUCCCUUUUACAACCGCCUAAAUUCAUGAAUUAAUGUAUCCCAGGGAGCAAGCAUGGUCUCCUGGCUUACAUUUCUUUAGAAAAUUUUGGCAGUUUUGGAGUCUUGAAUAUGGUGGUAAGCCGAUCAUCAAUAACAUCUAUCACUGAUCGAAUACCUUAAGUGACUCAAUUAUUGUGGAACAAUAAACCUGUUAGUGUACUACAGUCGAACCUCCACUAGCAGCCACCUCUCCACAGUGGCCACCUCUCUCCAAUGGCCACUGUUUUUGGCGGACAGUCUGUACAUUUAUUCUUGUUUAAACCUCUCUACAACAGCCACUUUCUUCUGUCCCCCAGGUAGCCAUUGUGGAGAGGUGCAACUGUAUUUUAUAUUUAGUUUUAACCUGUGGUUCAUCGCUUUACUUGUUUACCUAAGUUCUCCAUAUUAUUCCUAUUAUUCUAAUUUUUUUUUUAUGGGUCCGCUUAUAGUCAAAGUCAUUGUUGUGAGGAGAAAAUUAAUAUAGAUUGGUAUUUUCAUUGUUUGUUCCCAGGUGAUUAAUCCUACAAAUGGUGACCCAACACCUGAAUUAGAACUAUAUCCCAUCAGCUUGAGGCUAUUCCGACACUCUCCCCCUCCAACUCGUGGUGGAAUCACGACAUGGACAGGAGUCGGCUUUGGAUUAAGUAGCUUUGGAUUUGGUGCCAAUUCUCUAGCCACUCCCCAUGCUCCACCCAAGAGAUAUCUCGCCUAUGUGGCAUCAUUUAGUCGAAUGAACACUAUACAGCAGGUUAGACAAAUGGUUACUGAUGUUAGUUUAUCUGAAGUUAAAUUUGAUUGGUGUGCCGAUCACUGAUCAAAAUCUUUAACCAACGCAAUAAUUUAUUAUGGAAAAUGUUCAGUUGAUCAUUAUGGGAAAAAUAAUUUCUUGUUGGGAAAUAAAUGUAUUAUUAACCUUUUAACAUAUUAAAAUCUCGUAAUAAAAGAAGAAAGAGAAUUUUAUAACCUGAAAGCACAGAAAAAAUUCUGAGCUCUUAACCUCCAGGAUCCAGUUGUUCUAAAGGUGGAUAAUGCCAUCCACUGGAUAAUUAUCUACCCAGUGGAUAGUGCAAUUGGUUUCCCUAAUACUUAUCCACUGGAUUUAGUGAUUUAAUUCGGUUAAAUGUAAUUUAAUUGAGUUAACCACCAUGAGCUUAGCAGUCAAAGCGGUUCACGAGCUUAGCAGUCAAGAGGGUCCACAAGCUUAGCGGGUAUCCAGCGGUCAAUCUCAUAAGUGCAGGCUAACAUGGUAUGUGGUAGCUUUGUACACUGCUAGGAUCUGUGAGUUCUUCCUUGAGCAUUUGUGCAGUGGUCUGUGGAGUGGUUCAUUUAGCGUCCCCCUGCCUUCCCAUCCCUUGUUUUUCUUCCUUCCACUGUUUCAUCAGUAUGAUGGGUGCCUGCAAUGGAGGAUUAUUGCUGGGUUGCGGGGCUUUGCCAGCCAUGGGCAGUAUUCUGUCUAAGGGCUGGCUGGCCACAGUGGUAGUCCCUGGGUAUCCCAGGCACCCACCUCCCACUUAAGCGAGGCAGUUGGUUAAUCAGGGGUUAGGGCCAGCCAAUGUUUGAACAACCAGGGCCAGGUGAUUGGUACAAAUUUAGUCCAAUUAAGUCUAACAGUUACUACAUUUAGAUAUUUGCAGAACAGUCAUUAGUUAUUUAUGUUCUUUGCCCUUUGAAUUGCAGUAAUAGAGCAACUCACAGGAAUUAUUUAUUCUAUAGAACAGUUUUGUCUAGUACUACCAACAAAAAAUUCUGUUGCUGAGUAAAAGUUACUAGAUCUAUGUUAGUUUGUUCAUGCUUUUAUUGGCUUUGUUCUAGGUGUAUGACUAUCUUUGUGCACGCCUUAGAAUUCGAAAUGAAGAUAUGCGUCUUUGGAGUAUGGAAGAUGAGGUAUGCAUGCUAUGAUUUUUUGCCCUCUUCAUCUUAAAGUGGGAAAAAAGUGGAGGUAAACGACUCUCUGUAACCCCAUAGACAUGAAAAGUUGGGCUCUUAACAUAAGUUGACUUUAGAGCAUUAACUACACCACCUGUGUUACAGCAAAACUUGUAUUAAGUCGACUCACACAGGACUCUAUACUGUUCACUUUGUGGAGGUUUCCGUCAAGUAGAGGUUUGUCGUACAGAGUAUUGCAAAAAGAAACCUUUUUAUCUCAUUGACACUCCUGUCCGCUUAAUUCAGGGUGUUCACUUAGUAUGGGGUCAGCUAACACAAGAUUCACUGUAAUACGUGUACUUGUGUACUUCAAUUCAAGGUUUUGACACUUCAUGUAGCUGACAGGAGAAUGAUAAUGAUUCCAAUGACUCAUCAUUACUUUCUAGUAGUAUUUAAACAAUAAUGAGCUGUACAUUGUUUUCAUUAACAGACUAAAUUAAGAUUAUUAGAGGAAGACAGUUCUUCUUUAGAGAAGUUGGAAAUCAAGGACAACCAUCCUGUACUGAUUGAAGGUUCGUUACAAAAAUGGUUGUGAAAAAUGUAGCUUAGUUGGUAUAUACUAUAUUCAAAUAAUUAUUUUAGUGUGAGUCUCUCUAAUAAUUGAACUAUGUAAUGUAGAUUUAUAUAUUUCCCCCUCAACCUCCAUUGGUUCCUGGGCUAUUUGUGCGUGGGGAAAUUAUGUAAUAAUUUAUAGUUGUGUUUCCAAAAAAAUUGUAGCUGUUAAAUAUAUACACUAUCUUUAAUGUGAGAAAAUGAAAAUCAAAAAAGCUCUACAAGAAACCAUUGGCCUAACCAUGUACUUAAUACCUUGUCUAGAUUUGAUUAACCUUCUUAAAAAGGCCAUGGUAACGAAAGGCUCUUGAUCCUGCAUUGUUAUUAACACUGCUGUUAAAAUGAAUGUUGUUGCCAUUAAUACAAAUAUUGGAUUUGUAAUGUUAAUGUAUCUUUGAUGCUACGAUUUUUCACCGUUUUUUGUUCUUAUGCAGUUCGCAACAGGGACAUGAGUUGGCCAGAAGAGAUGUCCUCCUUGGCAAAUAAUAGAAGUCUAAGAGAAAAGCUUAAUCUAGGUAGGGGCAAACAACCUAUGGGUUAAUUUAUGUGUAUUAUCAUCUACAUUAGGGACAAUAAGAUCCAAGGACAGUGACCCCAGCAAAAAGGUCGCUUAAAAAGUAAAUGUGCAUUCUUUCAAUCUUCAUAGUGAUUAUUCCAUCUCACCUUCUUUGUCAAAUGUAGGCAAAGUUCCCUGGAGUUGAAUUCCUCACAACCAUAUCCAAGUUCAGAAAAAGAAAUACAAUUUUGUCAGGCAUGCACAUCCUCUGUAAAACAUGGAAAUAGACAUUUUCAUGUCAUAGUCUUUUAGUCAUGCAGUGAUGGCAAAUAAAUGUAUCAGGGUUAUUGUUUUGCAUAUUAAUCCUAUUGCUUUUUUGAUGUACUCAUUGCCGUCGCCACUGCGUGUCAAAUAUGAACCUAGUAUACGACCUCGCUCUCCAUGAGUUCUCCAUAGCUCAAGUGGAUAGAGCGCCCGCCCAGUGGUUGGAAGGUCAUAGGUUUGAAUCCUGUCGGGGACUCAGAUGUUUUCUUUGUCCCACUCUCAUGACAUGCUGAUUAUUUCAUUUUCACAUUUGUUUCACUGAGCUUAAAAUUUACCAUGUUUCAUUUCUUUCAAGAGAGGAAUAUUAACAAGAAUAGUCCCCAUUUUAACGCUUGUUACAACUUUGAAGAAAAAAUGUCAAAUCUAGGUGGUGAACACCAUGGGCAGCUUACACACAAAUUCAGUGCCGAGUGCUAUUUCUCAUUGUAGAACCUACAGAAAAAGGAGCAACUGGCCUUAGCAACUUGGGUAACACAUGCUUCAUGAACUCAGCACUACAGUGUCUCAGCAAUACCCAGCCUCUCACCCAGUACUUUACUGCCAAAUGCCAUUUAUAUGAACUUAAUAGGUGAGUAAGCAGGAAUAUAAACUGACAUGCUUGGAUUUAUUUUUAGUUUUAGUUUUUUAAUUUGCUUGUUAAAACGCUUAAAUUUUUCAGUGAACUCUAAGGUCAUGUGGAAUGCAAAGUUUUAGCCUGAAGGGUGUCCAGCCAUCCUAUGGACGCCCAUUUUUUGAAGAAAUACAAGGAAAAUUCAAUUAAUAUCUUAUAAUUUUAUGGGAAAACAUACCUUCUGAACGGCCAGUUUUCAAUGCCUGGCUAAAAGCCUGGUGGGACGUAUGUCCUGUAGUCUGCUACAGUAUUGUCAGUUCUGAAGAUCGUGGUGAAUUCCUGGCUCAUUUGUAGACAUACAUGUCCUGCAAAUUCCGGGGAUCGUCGAUGUUGAUAGCAUUUAUUAUUGUCAAUAACAAAAGUGGUUAAGUUUACUUACAAGUGCCUUACAUACAUUGUACAUUUACAUAUGUGCAUUUGAUUACGUUCCAAAGUUUUUAGACAAGGAAAAGAGGUGCAUAGUAUAAUUCGGUGUUUCAUUUUUGUAGGACAAAUCCCCUGGGCAUGAAAGGCCACAUAGCACGUCGUUAUGGCGACCUUGCCCAAGACUUGUGGAGUGGCAGUUCUCGCAGCUUAGCACCACUGAAACUGAGGGUGAGUGGCAGUCUUGGAAAAAAUUCUUGUAUUACUAAUUUUUAUUUUGUAAUCUGUUGUGGGCCUAAGAACGAUAAUAAAAGCAAAUUCAAUUUUUUUUCUCUUGUAGUGGACAAUAGGGAGAUAUGCACCAAGAUUUAAUGGAUUUCAACAACAUGAUUCACAGGUUGGUAAUCAAGCAACAUAACAACAUAGCAAUUGAAGCAAUUUGCCCUCUGUUUCUCCCUUGUUCAUUCCCAUUCGGUAGCUCAGAAGGUGUCAAAUUAGCCUGAGAAAAGAACCAACAUUUUGUGACUCCACGAUUUGUUUCACAGCAAAAUGACGUCUGUGGAACAACAGGGUUCACACAGUCUUGAAAAGUCCUUGGAUUCCAUUUUUCCCGAAAGGUCCUAAAUUUCUUUUCAAUCUCUUUGAAGAGUCCUCGAAUUUUCUUCAACUUUGAAUUAAGUGGCCUGAAAAGUAUUUUUUGAUGCUUUUUGGUUGUCAAAGACAGAAUUUAAAUAUUAGCUCAGAGAAGUUAAUGGUGAUUUGCUUACAGCUUUCUUUGUUUUGUGCAAUAGUUAACUAUCAAUUUAAGACAAGUGAACCGAAAAAUGUCAGAAGUUAGUGAAGCAAACAGUUCAAGCCUUAAAAUCCUGAUAGAAUAGACUGGGAAUGUGCAUUUUUGUACGAUCUGCGAAAUUACAUUCCUGGUAGGUGGUCCUUGAAAAGUCCUUAAAAAAUGGUUGCAAUUUUUUGGAUGGACCCUGAACAAGCUCUACCCAGAUUGGGGUAGUGACAUAUCAUUAGUAUCGAAUGUCUGCACUAACUCCUUUGUUGUUAUUUUGUAGGGUAACCAGUGGUGGUGUCUCAAAAUGUUUGCUAUAAUUUCUGACACUAGUGUCAAACUGAAUGUGGUUAAUUUCCACUUCUCUAUCUGUAUAUGGCCACCGCAUUCAUGUUGUUGAUUUGUGGCUGUAAUUUUUGUUCAAAAUUCUGAAAUUUAUUUGGUGCUUUUGUUUUGGAAGGAAUUUCUUUCAUUUCUUUUGGAUGGUUUACACGAGGACUUAAACAGGUGAGGUUGCUUUGCUGCUUCUUUCCUGUGUAAUGCAAGAAAGUAAAAUUAUCCAUAUUCCGUUUAAGGAUAGCAACAUAACUGAUGUUCAUCCCACUGGAUAUCCAUUUUUGUCUUACACAUCACUUAGUGAAGUUUGGUUUUAGAACCUCCUUCUCUAAAUGUCUUAGAACUUUGUGCAAACUUGCAUUAGAGGAGAAUAAGGUUACUGUAGGUGUAUUGUAGGGUUACAGUACGUGACUCUCUAAAUGGAUGUUUACAAGGAAGCAUCAAGUGAUUGUGAGUAUACAGAAAUCAGUGUGGAAACUUUGUGCACUAUUCUUGGUACUGUAAGUGAUUUUUGCUGUGUCAUGUGAUUGCAGAGUACAUCUCAAGCCUUACGUUGAACUAAAGGAUAGUGAUGGAAGACCAGAUGAAGAAGUAGCACAUGAGGUAUGACAAGCUUUGCCAUUGAAAUAAAAUCUUUAUAUAUUGCUCUUGUAAACAUUGUCCAAACUAAUUUCAAUUACCAUGUGUAGUAUUUUUUUUCGAAAAUUUCUGUCAUGAUCUGCAACAAGCAAAAGAAUACCCAGAGGCUAAACAUGAGGGUGUGUUCCGUUUGGAUGAUCCAGAUCCGGAUGAGUGAUCUGAGGUCAGUCAGACAAGGCUUGAAAUUAACGUUUUGGAUAACUAACCCUUUAGUGGCCAUAAAUUUUACUAACCAAAUUAUAAAGCUAAUUUUCCAAGAAUCUGUUCUUGAACUUACAAUAUAUUAACUUUUGGAAAUUUUGCUGGUAAAUGCGGCAAAUUUUUGGAUGGAUUGGUUCAAAACAUUGUUUAGACUCACCAAACUGCAACUAGGUGAAUUCAUUUUUCAAUUCUUUGCGAAGAGUUCCUCCUUCUUGUUGUCACUUUUCUUUGUAUCACUUUAGAAAGCCUUUCGUAGUGUUUGAAACCGCCGGCACUUGUUCUUUGUUGGUUUCCUCGAUCUUCCAUUUCCUCUCCACAAAUUUUGGGUGGCAACCAUUAAUUUUCGGAAAAACUGUCAAGGGGUCUCUGCAUCUGAUCUGUAUAAUAAACAGAUUGCAAAAAUAAUCGACUUCCAAAUGAUGCAAAAAACAAGAUGCUGGAGGUAUAUUAAGAUUGUGUCCAGAUCAGUCCCUAUCCAACACAAGCCUGGUUACCUCCAGUCACCUUGAGUUCUGUGAAAUGUGCUUUUUUCAUGUUGUUUGACUAUGCUGUAAGCAUAUCUUGUAAAACAACAUAUAUUUCAAGAUAGAAAACAAUCUUAUAUAAAAAUGAAAUGCAUUAGUCUUUUCUAAAAAUUAAUAUUCAUUUGCAAGAAGAAUUUCUAUGAAUUAAACUACUUAUUUAACAGUAAUUGUACUAACCAUGUCAAGUUACUUCGGCAAGUUUAAGUAACCAAACAUUUGAAACUUGUACUAACUUGUUUUGUGGGGUCAGUGAGUGUUGUUAACACAGCCAUUUGUGAUUGACUUUAGGCUUGGGAUAACCAUCUCAAAAGAAAUCAGUCUGUCAUUGUGGACCUGUUUCAAGGGCAGGUAAUGUUUAAUCCUUCCAUGAGCAUGGUUAUAAAAUCGAAUAAUUAAUGCAAAAGUUCAGUUUGGAAUUCAGCUGAGAGUUAACUUCAUUUGCAUUCAUCCUAUUGUUUAUUACAGCUCAAGUCUCAAGUCAGAUGCUUAGAGUGUGGUUAUGUCAGUGUGAGGUUUGAUCCAUUCACAUUCCUCUCCUUACCCCUUCCUAUGGACAAUUCAAGUUAUGUGGAAGUUAUUGGUGAGUGUAUUUUGUACAUACAGUGGAACCCCGCCUUAUGGCUAUCUUUUUAGUAUGGCCAUUUUCUUUUUUGCCGCCUGGCAAAAACGACCAUACAUUUUCUUGUAAAGAAACCCUGGUUAAUGCGGUCACCUUGUUAUUACAGCCAAAUUUUUUGGCCCAUUGGUGACCGUAUUAAUGGAGUUCCACUGUACUUACCCAUUCCUGGGCUAAAAAAAACUUGACUUUCAGCUGAGCCUUUUGCGCAAGCAACCCUCAAAUUUCACCUGCCCGUGGUUACUUUUUCCUUGUCUUAGGUGAUGAUUUUGUUUGAAGAUGACGUGACUGGACUCUUGACCAUUGUCCUAGACUACCACUAUAGUUAACUCUCUUGUAAUGAACCCCUCUAUAUGACGGACGCCUCUGUAAAAUGGACACCUAAAGUUGGUCCCUUCCUUUCUUUACUCCUUUUAGGUUACUCUAUAUAAAACGGACAUCACUAUAUAAGACGGAUAUAUAAAGCAGGUCCCAAAGAGGCUCGUCUUAUAAAGAGUUGACUGUUCUACUGUUCAUUUUUAAAUGUCAGCCGACAUUUGUGAAUAUUGAUUUUUCUUUGGUUGAGGCUAACCUUGUAUCUAUGUGUCCUUAAUGUUUGUAUUUAGUAGCGAUUUUUAGUAUCUGAUUUGAAACCUUUAUGUUGCUUUAGGAGCUGUUUUUAUUGUUUACAUUUGUUUGUUUGUUUGUAUAGUUGUCCACCUUGAGGGCUCCACUCCUACAAAGUAUGGUUUGCUUCUCAAUAACGACGACAGAUACAAAGCCGUCAAGAGAGAAUUGUCAAAGUACUGUGGCCUUGUCUCUUCACAGCUUCUUCUGGUUGAAAUAUUUGGAGCUUCUGUCAGGGUAAAAUACAAAUCACAUGAUGUAAACAAACACAAACAGUCAGAACCAAGCUAAUCUGUAGCUCGUGCACACACAAAAAUGGUAUUAGCUGUUUCUCUCACAGUAUUAUUGUCACUUUGUUAUUGAUUGCAAUGGCUGGACCACGUAUUGCUGGUCUUCAUCCAGCAGUGGUGUCAAUUUACUGUGCAGGACUUAAGCAAUAUUAUGGUUGCCUAGGAAACACUGUUGGUUGUGUGGCUGCAUUGUGGUCAAUAAUUACCAUGGGACUCUUAUGAGACAAAAUGAGCAAGCCUAAUGUAGACCAUAAUGAAUCAUGAUUGCCUUUUGUUGUACAAAGUAGUUGGUUUCAACCAAUGAUAUCAUUAUAAUAAUAUUAUAAAUUUUGAUGCUUGACAGAGCUUACCAACUGAUAUGCAGAAGAUCCGCACAGCCUUAGCUGGUGUGCUUUAUGCCUAUGAAAUUCCUCUUCCUGCAAUAGCUUGUGAAGAUGAUUGUAGUGCUUCCACAACUCCAGGUACCGAGGAAGAGAAAGGUUUAUGCACUGAUUGUUCAGCAGAAUCUAACAACCCAUGCUCUGUAAACCAAGGUACAAAC